AUGGUAUGGUAUCUUCUUUGGUUAUCCCUCUUUUCAGACUGCAUAAACCAAGAGCCCAAAGACAGCAGCCCUGGAGAAGAAUGUGAUGAUUGUGACAGCUGUGUGAUGACACUCUUGAACGACCUGGCCACCAUGGGUGAUGAACUCCACCUGGUCAAGUCUCAGCUUCACGGCCUGAGGGCCAGUGCCGGCUCGCUGGAGCAGAUGAAGCACUUGGAAACCCAGAUCAAGGACCUGAGGAAUCAGUUACUCACCUACCGUUCCGCCAUUUCAAAUCAUGGAUUAAAAAUGGAUGGUCUAGAAAAGGAACUGGGUAGUUUGAAUCGUGAAUUUGAAACUUUGCAAGAAAAGGUUCAAGUAAAUUCUAGAAAAGCACAAGCAUUACAGAACAAUGUUGAUCGGACAACCCAAAGUGCAAAAGAGCUGGACACAAAGAUUAAAAAUGUCAUCCAGAAUGUGCACAUUCUCUUGAAGCAGAUCUCUGGGACAAGUGGGGAAGGAAACAACCUGCCUUCAGGGGAUUUUUCCAGAGAGUGGGCUGAAGCAGAGCGCAUGAUGACAGAGCUACGGAACCGCAACUUUGGAAAGCACCUGAGAGAAGCAGAAGCUGAAAAAACAGAGGCUCGGCUCUUGCUGAGUCGGAUAAAGAGCUGGCUGGAAGAGCACCAAGGGGAGAACAGGGCACUUGUUCAGAGUAUAUGGGAUUCUUUACAUGACUACGAAGCCAAACUCCGUGACCUGCAUGCCGCUCUACAGAAGGCAGCUGCGCAAGCAAAGCAGGCCACUGGCCUCAACCGAAAAAAUGAGAAGGCUUUGGAAUCCAUCAAGACACAGGUUCAAGAAAUGAAUUCCCUGCAGAGUGAUUUCUCCAAGUACCUAGCCACCGCGGACUCUUCCUUACUGCAGACCAACAUGCUUCUGCAGCGGAUAGGGAAAAGCCAGGAGGAAUAUGAAAAGUUAGCUGCCACUUUAAAUGAAGAAAGACACGGGCUAAGUGGCAAAGUGAGAGAACUUUCCCAGUCCGCCAGCAAAGCGUCCCUGGUGGCGGAGGCAGAAGCGCAUGCGCAGUCUUUACAAGCGUUGGCAAAGCAGCUGGAGGAGAUCAAGAGGAACACCAGUGGGAACGAGCUGGUGCGCUGUGCGGUGGAUGCCGCCACCGCCUAUGAGAACAUCCUCAACGCGAUCAAAGCGGCUGAGGAUGCCGCCAACAAGGCCACCAGCGCGUCCGAGGCUGCCCUCCAGGGGGUUGGGGUGUCUGUGCCUCACCCUCUCUUCCGGCUUCAGGGACUCAGAAAAACACUAAAAACACUAAAACCCUCUAUUGUCCUUCUUUGCCUGUUGCUUUCUUUUCCCGACAGGUCACGGUUUGCUGUGGACAUGCGGACGGCUUCCCCCAGAGGCCUCGUGUUCUACUGGGGCUCUCAGAACUCCUACAUGGCGCUGUACCUCUCCAAGGGACGGCUCGUCUUUGCCUUGGGGGCAGGUGGGAAGAAGCUGAGGCUCAAAAGCAAAGAGAAGUGCAACGAUGGGCAGUGGCACACGGUGGUGUUUGGGCAAGAUGGAGAGAAGGGGCACUUGGUUCUGGAUGGCCUGAGGGCCCAGGAGGGAAGUUUGCCUGGAAAUACCACCAUCAGCCUCAGAGCACCAGUUUACCUGGGAUCAUCUCCCUCAGGGAAGCCAAAGAGCCUCCCCCAAAACAGCUUUGUGGGAUGCCUGAGGAACUUUCAGUUGGAUCUGAAACCCCUGGACACCCCUUCUGUGAGCGUUGGUGUGUCCCCCUGCGUGGGUGGCUCUUUGGAGAAAGGCAUUUAUUUCUCCCGGGAAGGAGGUCAUGUCAUCCUAGCUAACUCUGUGCUGUUGGGGCCCGAAUUUAAGCUGGUCUUCAGCAUUCGCCCAAGAAGCCUCACUGGCAUCCUAAUACACGUCGGGAGUCAGCCGGGGAGGCACUUAUGUGUUUAUAUGGAGGCCGGAAAGGUCGCGGCCUCUGUGGACAGUGAGGCAGGUGGGAUCUUGACAUCGGUGACACCAAAGCGAUCUCUGUGUGACGGACGGUGGCACUCCGUGACAGUCACCAUAAAACAACACAUCCUACACCUGGAGCUGGACGCAGAGAAUAGCUACACAGCUGGACGGCUCCCCUUGCCACCUGCCAGCAAUCCUGAGCCACUACACAUUGGAGGUGUCCCAGCCGGUUUGAAGACACUGAAGCUCCCGGUGUGGAAAUCAUUUUUUGGCUGUCUGAAGAAUGUUCAAGUGAACCACGUUCCCGUCCCUGUCACAGAAGCCGUGGGCACCCAGGGGACUGUCAGUCUGAAUGGCUGUCCUGACCACUAACUCAAACCCAUCACACAGCAAGGGAAGUCACCUCCAAGAGCCCAGGUCCCCAACACACCUCUCUCUCUCCCCGCAGGAUCGUUCUUGACUUAAGACACCCUCUAGACCGGGUUGCUAGCAAGUCUCAUUUUGAAUUCUGACCACCCAUACUCAUCAUCUUGGCACUCAGUGCUCCAUGUGUAUUUUAUAUAGAAAUCCCAUUUCUUGAAGAUGAUGAACAAAUUGUUACACGCUUUUGGUAAUCUCCUUUCCCACUAAAAAUGAAAUGUCUUUUAAAGAACAUUAUCUUCCACCUGUUAAAAAAAAAUAAAUAUCUUUUAAAGCACUUUAAAAACACAAAAAUUGUACAUGUGUUAAGGGGUUAUAACUUAUGGGGUUAAAUAAAGGCAGUGUACUCUUUAAA